AUGCCCUUCAGCCCCAUUUCCGCGCCCGAGUACGAGACAAACGACUGGUAUGAGCCGACCGCCUCUGCGCUGAAGAAGAUCAACGAGGCCGGGGAGCUGGAGCUCAUCACGUUCCACGGGCCGUGGUGCAAGGACUGCCAGUACAGCAUCCCCGUCUUCAACAGGAUCAUGACGUACGUGACGAACGACAAGAUCAAGGUCACCGUCGCCACCGUCGACAAGGAGACCCGCACGGACAGCGCCGGCCUUUGCGAGAAGUACGGCGUCAAGAAGGUCCCGUCCUGGGUCGUCCUCCGCGGGGGGAAGGAGAUCGGCCGGAUCGUCGAGAACUUCACGGUCUCCUUCGACGAGGACGUGGCCGCCAUGCUCUAG